AUGUCCGGAUGGAACGGCGUGCGGAGUCUCAUGGGAGCAAAUACCCUACGAUGCAUUCGAUCCGACCCUGCGCGACAACUGCAAUCCGGUGCACCUCGAAUUCUCAAUCGGAACUUCAGUCUCCAUACUGCGACGAUAUCACUGUGCCGGCGGCAUCAACAUGAACUCGGGAUCAAGAAGGGUCUAAUAAGGGAUCAUAUACGCUCUCUAGAGCUGGGCAGGAGGAGGUUCUCCACGACUCAAGUGAAGAGGCAUGGACAUCUGGAUCCGCCGAAGCCGGGAGAGGAGCUCAAAGUUACAUUCAUAGACAAGGAAGGAGAUGAGCACACGUUUGAGGUGGCAGAAGGCGACAACCUGCUCGACAUUGCGCAGGCCAAUGAUCUGGAGAUGGAAGGCGCCUGUGGUGGCUCAUGCGCAUGUUCUACCUGCCACGUUAUAGUCGAGUCCGAUGAGAUGUACGAUAAGAUCCCCGAGGCCACCGACGACGAAAACGACAUGCUAGACCUCGCUUUCGGCUUAACAGAAACAUCGAGGUUGGGCUGUCAGGUCAAGAUGACCAAGGAGUUAGACGGAUUGGUGGUGAAAUUGCCACAGAUGACGCGGAACAUGCAGGCUUCGGAUUUCGAGAAGCGCAGUUGA